UUCCGUGGGUCCAGUAGUCCAAUCUCUAACCAAGUUCGUCAUCAUGAGUAGCACCAGUUCGUGAUUUCGUAAGCGCGUGGUAGAAGCCGGGGAGUAAUCACCGGGGGCUUGCCUCGCUAUCGGCAGCAAUUUGUUGCGACGAUCCGUCUGUGAACACGCGACAAGCGUGACAACGACUCGCUCGCGGAUGAUCUGGGCAUCGCGCACGCGAAACGAGGUUCCCGCACUUCUCCGAGGACGAGGAUCAUGUAUACCGUGUCUAAGGGACCUAGCAAGAUCGUAGCGAAAACACGACGAGGGAUCAGUCAGAAACUCGAGAGGCUGGAAACUCUACGUGAUAUGACGAGGAAGGCCGAUCCCGAGGAUCCCGACCACGAGGUCACCCGUAAUGUACCAAAGCCGGUCUUCCAUAUAAACGGGAAAUCGAAGCUCAUCUCACAGCGACAUCAGAUGCAAGAAGACAUUUCGCCGCAACACAAGGAACUUGUCUUAUUUAUUAGACAAUCAUGGAAUCAAGUUAGUACACUGCAAAGAUGCGAGUGUUGCAAUGGCACAGAAUGUACAGAAUUUUGCAAUCCUAAUUCCAUAGUAUAUUACAAUGAUGGUGAACCAAACAAUAGCCUUCAAGACUUCAAACCAUUUGAUUUGGAAUCUUGGUGGGGCAAACGAUUGUUUAACAACAUCACGAAGUCGCUCUGAAAUAUUCAAAAAAUCUGAAAGCGGUUUCCUAAGGAUGUACUUGAAAGUAGUCUAAAAUAUGGGGCAACUGGUACACUACAUAAAUUAACCGGUGUCGCGUUUGAAAUUUGAGUCUGAAAAUUGAUAACGAAAUAAUUUAAAUAUAAAUUACAGAUGUGUGAGAGGAAGUUCAAGAUUCUAGAUCGAAUCCUAUCAAAUUGUUCGUAUAUAACUACGAUCGCAUCACACUAUUUGUUACAAGGCAAUACAUUAAUACAUAUAUAUCCGCGAGCUUCGAGAAUGCACACGUGUACGCAAUAAUAGUAAUACUGUUAUUAAUUAUAAAAUUGUUUACUGUCAAAUUGUUAAUAACAAUUGUUGUUUAUAUGCAUUUGUUAACGCGAUCUUUCUAAUUUUUGGAAUAUAGAUAACAUAAUUCUUUUGUUGCUCUAUUGAAUUAGAAUUGCUCAAUUUUAAUAGCGUACAGAGAAUUGUCAUUCUCGUACAAAGAGCUUCGAAAUGUAGCAGCAGCAAAGUUUUGCGAAACUUUCAGUAGACAAUAAGUAGAAUAAUGCAAGAUAUGCGAAUGCAAACGUCCCUCGUAUUAGAAAAGAUACAUAUUAAGUCCUGAUUAGGUUUUAAAAACACAAACCGAAGCCCCGAGGACGUCAUACAGUGUAUACCAAUGGAUAUACCAAAAUAUUUAAAUACAAAGGCCCCGUGCUGUGCGGUAUGAAUCCUGCGUGAGGUUGAUGAAUUUUUUAAUCUUAGAAAAUGUAUAUAUUGCAUGCAAUGGUCGCGUGAAUGCAUGACAAUGUUACGGGUAUUGUUACGACGAUUAUGUCCGAAUAUACUUUUAUGUAUGAGCAAGGGUUUAGCAUAAAUUCGUAGACUGAUAAUAUGUAAGAAAGUUAUCAUAUUGUUAUUCGCUGAAAGUCACAUUAUUCGCGUUAGCUUGCAGUAAUAGGAGUCCAUUGCAGAGUUUGCUCAUCAAAUUGUUAUAUUAUGGCAGAUUAAAUUGUUUCUUCCUCGCAUUAUUACGUAUUUGUCGGGCCACUAUACAUAUAUAUAUAGAGCUCCGAUUAAUGACAAUUUAAAUGCCACAAUAUAUCACGCGUCUGACAAAGCAAAGUUCGCAAGAGUAGUCGUAAUGUAGCAUAAAUCAAAUUUGGCCACGCGUGGCUGAAUUACACAUGAUCAUGAAUAAAUCUCUUUAUACACACAA